AUGAUGAGCCUCGUCUGGAGUGUAGUCUUCUGGGGCGCAGCAGAACCCUUUCGGAGCGUCAGCUACACGGACUCGUUGUUCCUGUGUAUGAGUGCCAUGACUGGAGCCGGAUUAAAUACGAUAAAUCUUUCCACUUUGACAUCCUUUCAGCAGGCGAUGCUCUUCGCCCUCAUCCUCCUGGGAUCCCCAAUUCUGAUAUCGAGCACUGUGCUCUUUGUACGAAAGCGGGCUUUCGAGUCCAAAUUCAAGGGCAUUGUUGAGGAACAUGUUGCCCGGAACAGUUCAACUCAUGGUCACCAGCAUAGUCUAAACUUGCCUCUCACAAGGCUCAGGAGGAAGUCACAUUCUGUGACGACCAAAAGAGAUGUCGAAGAUGCACCUGGUGGCGCCGUUGCCUCAGGCUCACAGUCUGCCCCUUUCGAAAUUCAACGGUCAACUCGUGAUGGUGCAGAGAACACACAGUCGUCUCCCACGAGCCUUCCUCACGAUGUUGAUCAGAUCAGAUCUCUGGACGACGACCAGCUCACAUUAAGUGUCUCUUUCCGAGAAAGAGCAAGACACCAUCGAGUUUUCCCGAUGGCGGGCGUUGGGGCUCAUCCUGAUCUGCAUCAUCCGAAGGAUGCAGUCCCUAACUUGAUGGUCGACAACAGGAGACCGUCACUCAUCAAAAGCGCCAUCAAAGGCACCCAGAAGUACUUUUCUUCAAAAGGAUUCAUCUCUCGAAAUUCGCAGUUUGUUGGCCUGACCCCUGCCGAGCGUGAGAAGCUCGGCGGAGUGGAAUACAAGGCGAUCUCAUUCUUGUCCGUUAUUGUCCCAUUGUACUUCAUCUUGUUUAACAUCCUCGGCAUCAUCGGUUGUGGGAGCUGGCUCGCCGUGAAUCGCCCAAGUGUUGCACGAGUCAAUGGCCUGGCGCCAUUCUGGACGGGGGCAUUCUUUGCUGUUUCGGCUUUCGGCAACAACGGCAUGUCUCUUCUUGAUCAGAACAUGACUGUUUUACAGACCAGUUCCUAUAUGUUGAUCACGAUGGGGAUGCUGAUCCUCGCGGGAAACACGCUCUAUCCAUGUUUUCUUCGGUUUAUCAUUUGGACCAUGCGAUGUCUUUUGCCGAAGGGCCAGUCAUGGCAGGAGUGGAAGACUGUCCUUGAUUUUAUCUUGGACCAUCCUAGAAGGGUUUAUACGCAUCUCUUUCCGGCGCAUCACACCUGGUAUCUGUUAGGCACGAUCAUUAUUUUGAAUGGAAUUGAUUGGCUUGGCUUUGAGAUCCUGUCUAUCGGAAACAAAAGUCUCGAAAGUCUGGGAUCUUAUCGAGUUCUUGACGGACUGUUUCAGGCCCUAGCCGUCCGCUCGGGAGGCUUCUAUGUUGUUACGAUUGCCGACCUGAAGCAGGGGUUGCUUGUUCUUUAUGUUCUUAUGAUGGACGACCAGUAUGUGUCAGCAUAUCCCGUCCUAGUGACGAUCAGAAACACAAACGUCUACGAAGAACGCUCUCUGGGCAUCUACGCCAACGACAAUCUGGCCGACGACCAAAGACGGCAUGCGUCCCUAGGCAGCAUAUUCGACCAUAUCAAAGUCCUGCUCUUCCAUUCAUCUAAGACUCCGGCGGACAACGGGGGGCCCGUGCUGGGCUUUGACGAGAACAACCCCUCGCGCAGCUACUUUGUCCGGCAGCAGCUCCGCUCCCAACUCAGCCACGACAUCUGGUGGAUCUGCCUGGCGAUCCUGGUCAUCACGAUCGCGGAGUCGUCGAAUUAUGAGCGCGACCCGGUCGCCUUCUCGACGUUCAACAUCAUCUUCGAGGUCGUGUCCGCCUACGGCUGCGUGGGCAUCAGCGUCGGGCUGCCGGACCAGAACUACUCGUUUUCUGGCGGGUGGCACACCAUCAGCAAGUUGGUUCUUGUAGCGGUCAUGCUGAGGGGCCGACAUCGCGGUCUGCCCGUCGCCAUCGACAAGGCAGUCAUGCUCCCGGAUGAGGCGCUGGCGUGGGCUGAGGAGGAAGAUGCCGCCCUGCGGCUGGAGCGGUCUAUGACACGGGCUGCUGCUGUCAGAUCU